AAAUCUCGCGGCAGCACCGUGGAGCUUUAACAACAACCAGUUGAAGUAUCACCGACUGCCAUCCGGAAUAUUAGGGAUAUUCACACUUCUUUUUUUUUGGAUUCAUCAGUUUAUAUUAAAACUCCAGCUUCUUUUUUUAGUUGAUAAAAAUCUGCAAUGAAAAGGAGGCAAAGCGAAGCGGAAUCAGUCAAAUUGUUGAGUUGAAUGACCACCGCCUCAGACAAGGAAGGAUACAGUGACAAGGCGCCGAAAUGAAGGAAAAAUCCAAAACGGCCGCAAGGACUAGACGGGAAAAGGAGAACAGUGAAUUUUAUGAACUGGCCAAAAUGUUGCCUUUACCGUCGGCCAUCACAUCUCAGCUGGACAAAGCCUCAAUAAUUAGACUGACAACAAGUUACCUGAAGAUGAGAAUCGUUUUCCCUCAGGGUCUGGGUGAGGCUUGGGGCCAUGCAAGUCGAACAAGAUCUUUGGACAAUGUUGGACGAGAGCUGGGAUCUCAUUUACUGCAGACAUUGGACGGAUUCAUCUUUGUCGUGGCUCCGGAUGGAAAGAUCAUGUACAUUUCAGAGACAGCGUCGGUCCAUUUGGGACUGUCUCAGGUAGAGUUGACUGGGAACAGUAUUUAUGAAUAUGUCCAUCCUGCCGACCACGACGAGAUGACAGCUGUCUUGACGCCACAUCAGCCCUAUCACUCACAUUUCGUCCAAGAAUAUGAAAUGGAGCGCUCUUUCUUUUUGCGGAUGAAAUGUGUGCUGGCAAAAAGAAACGCAGGCCUCACCAGUGGUGGAUACAAGGUGAUCCACUGCAGCGGCUACCUGAAGAUCCGUCAGUACAGUCUGGACAUGUCACCUUUUGAGGGCUGCUACCAGAACGUGGGUUUGGUGGCUGUGGGUCACUCUCUGCCGCCUAGUGCUGUGACUGAGAUCAAACUGCACAGCAACAUGUUUAUGUUCAGAGCCAGUUUGGACAUGAAGCUCAUCUUCCUGGACUCCAGGGUGGCAGAGCUGACAGGUUAUGAGCCGCAGGACCUGAUAGAGAAAACCCUGUACCAUCAUGUCCACAGCUGUGACAUCUUCCACCUCCGCUGUGCACACCACCUCUUGCUGGUAAAAGGCCAAGUCACCACUAAGUAUUAUCGUUUCCUGGCGAAGCACGGUGGCUGGGUCUGGGUCCAGAGUUACGCUACAAUUGUCCACAACAGCCGGUCCUCAAGACCCCACUGCAUAGUCAGUGUCAACUAUGUCCUCACGGAUACGGAGUACAAGGGAAUGCAGCUGUCCUUGGACCAAAUGAGCCCCACCAAGCCAGCCUUCCCCUACGCUGACAGUCACAGUGAAGACAGGAAGAGCACCAAGUCACGUCUGACCCAGGCAAAGGCCAAAGCCAGAGUGUCACCCUACCCACAGUUUUCCGCUUUCAAUCCAGAGCGCUCAGAGUCAGACCAAGACAGCCAAUGGGGAGGGAGCCCGCUGACAGACUCUGCAUCUCCCCAGCUGCUGGAUCCCGGUGAGGCUGCAGAGGCAUCUUGUGCCUACCGACUGUAUCCAGACUCAGGCUCUCUGUGCUACGGCCUGGGCCUAUCAGAAGAUGAUCUUGUCCAUGCCCAAACACAUCCUCACACCACCACCUGUGACCGUGUGCGCUGCCAGAGUGGCCGCUACUUCCUAGGAACCCCCCAGUCAGGAAGGGAGGUGUGGUGGGACGCCACGCGCUCAGUGCUCUCACUGCCGAAAUCGUCUGUGGAGAACAGCGAGGGCUACGAAAUCACAUCCUACCAUGGAGCCAUUCACGGUCGGGGGCACUGGGAUGAAGACAGUGUAGUGAGUUCACCUGAUGGAGGUGGGUCAACCAGUGAUUCCGGUGAGCGUUACCAUGGUGACCACUUCCGGGCAACCGCUCGAGAGCCCAGCAAAAUGGAGACCCUAAUCCGAGCCACACAGCAGAUGAUCAAAGAGGAAGAGAACCGUCUGCAGCAACACAAGGCGCCACUAGACGUCUCAGGCCUCGCCAAAGCUCACAGCCCGUGCUUCAGUUCCUCACUACCCCAUCACUCCCAGCUCACCAUGCCCAGUGUGGUGUGCCGCGGCCCAGGCGCCCCCAGCAUCGACCUCCCCUCUGAACGCCUCCAUCACCGGGACAGCGUCAAAGUGCUCGGUCCACAUGACAAUGACGAAAACACAACCAGUCCGGCAUCUCUGUCUCGUCUCAGCAGCCCCAGCUCUGAUGGGAUUCCCAGGUCGAGCCUGUCCCUCACCAAAGACUACAUGCAGACGGAUCUGUCCCCCCACCCUCCACCGCCCCAGGGGAGCCCACUGAUCUAUCCGGCCCAGGAGAGGCAGGCACUGGACAGGCAAGCAGCCUAUGCUUUGACUGGGUAUUCCCUGGAGCACCUGUAUGACCCAGAGAACCUGCGGAGUUACUCGGGCCUGGCCUGUGGAGGAGUCCAGUAUGAUGUGGCCUCUCAUGUGAGAAUGCAAGCGGAGCAGAUGCAGGGACACAAGGCCACCUCAGUUAUUAUAACCAAUGGGAGCUGACGAUAUCUGGUGCAGAUUGGUCCUGUUCUCUAGAUGAGGAUGUUACACUAAGGUGGUGCUUUAUGCACAUGUAAACACUGACCAGGUGCUUGAUAUAAACAGCGGGACAAUAAAAAAAGAAUAAAAGGCACCUGCACUGGGUUGAUGUGCCCUUGGUGGCUAAUUCAGCACAAUUUGUGUUUAUCGGCCUUUGUAUCAUACCAUUCUCUUUACUUUAUCAUUGGAGGAUGAUAUGAACUAGUGUUCAAGAACUACAGUUCGGUAUGCUACUUCACUGGGCGGAGGUUUGCUCCAUUAUAUAGGAACGUGUUAUUUUAAUGGCGAUAAACUGAAUUUUCCUCCCUGCAAAGGCGACCUAAGUUUUAAGUCUGGUUAAACAUCAAGCCAGUGUUUCUGUUCCAGACGUCUCGCAUCAUUGGCCAUGUGAGUUAAUCUGUCCUGGACACGAUUUCCAAAGGCAGUAAGAAAAUGUGUUGUUCCAUUGCCCCUUCACCUGAAAACUCCAUUGCACAAAGCGUAAUGUUUGACACAUGAAGUGCAACAUGGGAAAGGCAAGCUUUUCACUAUUGUAAGAUGUCAAUGUUUUCUGGUAUUUAUUUGUCAGUGGGCUGUUUUCUGUACCUGUCAUUUUUUUCUGUCCAAGUAGAAUCUUUAGUGGUCACAUAAAACUAGUUUUGGUGUUUGGAUUACACCAACAUUAGAUUAAAAAAAAAUAAUGAAGUGGAAAAACAUAGAAAAAUAUGCUUCUGAUAUGUAAAAGUGUAAAAUAUGCAGGUCAACUUGGAACCAUUUUAAUGUAUAUAUGAAAUGCCCUCACUUAGAGUGCAGAGAGAUUGCAAAACCAACACAUUUGUAAUCUCCUUGUGCGCUCUAAAUAUAGGCAUUGUAUGUAGUGACUUACAGUUGUGGCUGAAACAAUAUUGUUUACAUAUCAGAGUAUAAUUUUUUCUGUUUUUACCUCAUUUAACCCAACUUAUAAGCAUAUGUAGAAUAUGCUUUUAAAUCCUUAAAUCCUGCUGCUCAUGCAAUUGUUCUCAAAGAAAACCAUGUUUUUGUUUUUUAUCAUCAUGACAGCCUAAAGGGUUAAAAUUGUUGACACAAACUUAUCUAAAAAUAUGUUGAAUGUCUUUUUGUUUCUUAUUUAAUUUAUGAUGUAAAUAUCAUCACACAAUGAACUUUUGGACAAGAA